AUGGACCUGCGUAAACAACUGGAGAAUACUGAGAGGAACUGGAAUAAAGAGAAGAUGGAGUUGCUGGAGAGAUUUGACAAUGAAAGGAAGGAAUGGGAAUGUCAAUGGAAAGUCAUGCAGAAGAAAAUAGAAGAGCUUUACCAGGAGGUAAAACUUCGAAGGGAGAACAAUAUGAAUGUCCAUGAUAAUAAAGCCAUUCAGAGCAAGAUGCUGCAGCUGUCCAUGCAUUCCCCUACUUCAGAAGAGAGUGGCACAGUGGAGCUGAACUAUCAACACAAUGUGGCAAAUGACAGGAUGGAAAAAGGGAGUUUGUGCAGUAAAACAGGAUAUGAAUGUAAAGAAACCAGAGCCAAGAGCAGAAACAAUACUCUAUUAGUGGACAAUCUGGCCAGUGAGAACCGUGAGGAACCUGAAGACAGUCUCAGCACCAAAAGUUCCAAGAAAAAUACCAAGAAUUAUAUUGGUGAUCUCAAUGUAGCUCUUAAAGAACUUGCCAGAGUCAGUGAAGAAUUAUGCAGCUAUCAAGAGGAAAUUCGAAAGAAGUCCAACCACAGAAGAAUGAAGUCGCUUCCUUUCCUGGGGGAAUCUGAGGAAACACAAAACACAGUUAUUCUGCCUGAGAUGAACCAUGUGUCCAGCAAUGAAUCACAGACUUCAGUUGCUUUUGAAACAGAGGAACAUAAUAAUAGGAAGAAUCUGAUGAGCUCCAAUAAAGCUUUGAAGGACAUGUCUUAUGGUAGUCUUACUGGUGACAGAGGAACAGACUUCAGAUCUUGGCAAAAGAAAGAAGCUCCACCAGUUCCUCCACGGAGCACUUCUCGACACCUAACAAACUCACUUUCUGCAGUUGUACAGCUUUCUGAGGCACCAAUAAGAGAUCCGGGCAUCAAAAGCAAUUGCAAGGCUCGGGACUUUAGGAGUGGAAGGCAACUGAUGAAUCCUUCACCCAUAAACCAGAAUGAAACUGCGGCACCCUGUGCAAGUGAAGGGCAGGCUGUGAAAGGUCCUGUGAUUGUAACUACUGCAAUACCUGUAACCAAAACUGAGUGCAAUGUACCAACAAGUUUCUGCCACAACACAUGGGCAUAUGAUGUAGGCAAACUUGGAAAAGAAAGUAAAAGUGAACCUUCCCCACUGUCAGCCCAAAAGAGUUGUUCAGAUGGAAAUAUGGCUCAAAGCAACAAGACGCAUCAGAAGCAAAAUCCCAAGUCUCACAGCAGUCCUUAUUACAGUAAUGACUUUUAUGCCUCUGCUGCUCUGCACAAUGAUCUUUUAGGAGACUCCAGGUAUACUUUGGGAAAGACCCAAAGAAAUGAAACUUUAGCAGCAAAGAUCGAUGAGUUUAACCGGACUGUAUUUCACACAGAUAAAUGUAACAAUGCUUUGCAGGAAAACCAGGUGUCUCGAACAGCAUCAGAAGAUCUCAAACCCUGUGGCCUACUGUGUGACUCUGCUAUUAGCAGGACAGAAACUGUAAAUACGUCUUGUGUUUCAAAUCCCAAAUUCUCUGCAGCGAAGGAGCAAGAAACUAGCAAUCCCAGCAAAGCUGUCAGAAUGGCAGGGCAACAAAAGCAAAUAAAUGGACCUCCAAAUACUAGUGGUUAUAGGCACAUGCUUCAUGAGCAUGACUGGAGACCAAGUAAUUUAUCCGGUCGCCCGCGUUCAGCUGACUCAAGGUCAAACUAUGGUGUUGUUGAAAAGCUUUUGCAAAACUAUGAAAAAUCAACAGUGACUUCUCCGUGUAAUGUGAAAUGCUGCAAAGAUAAGUGGACAUGGGCAAAUUCUGAAUUCACCGAUGUGGGUUGUGAGACAUUGAGUCAGUAUUUAGAAAUGCUCCAGAUUGAGCAAGAAAAGCAAGAAUUUCCGAGGAAUUCAGCCAGGCAUAUUGGGCAGCAACUCAAGCAAGGAAAAGAGAGACAGAAGUUACCAGAGAUAUCUGUGCCAGCUAAAUGUUCAAGUGGGAAGAGUUUCUCCCGGCCUGCUCGGCCAGCAAAUCGACGCUUACCUUCCAGAUGGGCAUCCAGAUCACCGUCAGCACCACCUGCUGUGAGAAGAACGGCAUACAACUGCUCUGUCUCCUUUCGGUCAGAGACCUCAGUAGUCUGAACCCAGAGCUGGGUUGGAUGGUGUUGUGAAAGCUCUCAUAUGCCUCAUUAUAACUGUGUUGGGUAUGUGUUAUAGCAACCAGUUCUACACUGUUGUAUCUUGUCCAAGAGUGACCCCCACCACAUGCCAGACAAAGAGUUUUGAAUCUUAGGUCAUCACCAUGGUCUUCAGUGUUUUUAUUGAGAUGAAAUAACUAUACCCCUGGUUUUCUCUGUUUUUUUUGGUAAUAGCUCACAAGGAAUUUCUUUUGAAUGGCAUCUUCCUUAAUUUGCCAAUCAAUUUUGAGUUGAAAUGAUGUAUAGUGCUGUAUAUUCUGACUCUUCUGCAAACAGCAGAACGUAAAGCUGUAUGCAUGAUCAUGUGUUCGUAGGUGCAUGUGUUGGACUAGGAAGUAUACAGGCCUGUAUUUAGAAGAGACAAACUGUGCUAGUGUUGACAUUGAAAUUACAACCUGUAUGUCUACGUA